UCGGUUUCAGUUGGUUAUCAGCUCCCGAGGACGCAGGACGUGCUUCGUUGGCUGUGCUUGUUAUCUGUAGGAAUUUUCAAGAAGCUGUAUUUUAUCAUAAGGCUACCUUAUACACACAAUUGCUGGAGCUUGCACAAUCGUUCCCCGGAUCGGUUUAUGUUGAAUGGUGCUGCAUGGUUACUUUUGCCUAGUUGGGGAUUACCGCUAGAUAUCUAUCAAGCCAUCUGGUGUGAAACAGUUCUGCUUGGAAUAAUUACCUUGUGGCCCUAGGAAGAGUGUGAAAGUGAAAAAGUAUUUGCAGUCUAACCGACAUUGGAUCGCUUGGUGUGUGCCCUGGAAAAAGUUUGGCGGGGAUAUUUUUGCACCUUACAGUUUCCUUUUACAGGAUAGUUGUGGCUUUCAUCAGUAGCUUGCGGCUUGAGGCUAAAUAGGUAUCACCGUGUUGUCACCACUGUUGCGGAAACCAGAAAGGACGAAAAGGCAUCUGAAGAAAUAUAGGAAAGGGAAGAAACGUGAACGAGUCUGCCGAGUUUAGGGGAAAAUUGUGGUGGCGGGAACAUAGCUAAGAAGUGUUACAACCUGUGGCAAAAAGCAGACUUCAGCGCAUGAAGUCUGGGAAAAGUGAAACAUCAUUUUUUUUCUACAGUGCCACAGAAAAAAGAUUUGCUUCAGUGGAUACCGAAUCGGUUUAGUGAUCUUUUGACUUGAUUUGUAAUAAAUUUCGGGAUUCGUUUUUCGCGCUUGGAAUCAACAGAUGCUAAAUUCCUCUGCUGAACAAAUAAAACGGAAAUGAGAUAAAAAUAGCGAGUAAACAGCCUGUUGGCUCCCUACGAAGACCGAUACAUAAACCGCACCCGCCAAUGCCUGCCAGGAAGGGGCUACUGGCGCCCCAAAAUACGUUUCUGGAUACAAUCGCUACGCGCUUUGACGGAACACAUUCCAAUUUUGUACUCGGCAACGCACAAGUUAGUGGAUAUCCGAUAGUGUACUGCUCAGAUGGCUUUGUCGAGCUUUCUGGGUUUUCGCGUGCACAAAUUAUGCAGAAAGGUUGUGCUUGUCGGUUUCUCUAUGGCCCGGAGACGAAGGAAGAACACAAAAGCCAAAUCGAGAGCAGCCUCGAUGGGAAAAGUGAGCUGAAGUUGGAGGUGAUUUUCUAUAAAAAGAAUGGUACUCCGUUUUGGUGUUUGCUGGAUAUCGUCCCGAUCAAGAAUGAAAAACGGGAAGUGGUGCUGUUUCUUGCCUCGCACAAGGAUGUGACGACGGCAAAAAUGUCGGAGAUGUCUAUGUCGGACGAGUGCGACAGUGUAAAACAACUGUUGCCUCCUUUUCUUCCGCAUCUAGAUGUAUUUUUAAUAAAUCCAUUCUCUCCUACAUUUUUGUACAAUGACGAUGGGGCGGAGGAUGAAAAUUUGGAAAUACCUCCGGGAGUUAAUAUGGGCCGGCGACGUUCACGGGCGGUGCUUUAUCAACUUUCCGGUCAUUACAAGCCGGAGAAAAUGAAGACUAAAAUGAAACUAAAUAGUAAUAUAUUACAUUCUAGCGAAGCUCCACUACCUGAAUAUAAGACGCAAGCCUUAAAGAAAUCACGUUUUAUUCUGUCGCACUACGGAAUGUUCAGGGGUUGUUGGGAUUGGCUGAUUUUAGUGGCCACAUUCUACGUCGCCGUCGCCGUACCUUACAAUGCCGCUUUCGUUACAACCGAUCGUUUGACUGUGGCAUCCGAUGUUAUCGUUGAAGCUUUAUUUAUUGUUGAUAUUCUAGUAAAUUUUCGCACAACGUAUGUUUCCCGUAAAGGCGAGGUUGUAUCAAAUUCUAAAAGUAUAGCAGUUAACUAUCUACGAGGAUGGUUCAUGGUUGACCUGUUUGCCGCCCUGCCGUUUGAUCAUCUCUACGCUAGUAACGUAAUUAGUGGGGAGGAAUCUCACAUUCAUUUAGUCAAAUUAACACGAUUAUUAAGGCUGGCACGAUUGCUUCAAAAGAUGGAUAGAUAUUCGCAAUACACGGCUAUGAUUUUAACGCUGUUGAUGCUAUGCUUCUCUUUAGUUGCACAUUGGUUGGCUUGCAUUUGGUAUGUGAUAGCAGAGAAAGAAAGACUCGUUAAUGACCAAGACUGGGACAUUGGAUGGAUUCAUACGUUGGCCGAGCGAUUGAAAAUCCCAGUAACGAAUGUUACACACGGCGAAGCAUAUAUAACAUCGCUCUACUUCACAUUCACCAGCCUGACGUCCGUCGGGUUUGGAAAUGUAUCUCCCACCACAAUCAGCGAGAAAAUCUUCAGCAUCGUGAUGAUGCUGAUCGGUGCUCUGAUGCAUGCCGUAGUGUUCGGAAACGUGACUGCUAUUAUACAACGGAUGUAUUCACGGCGUUCACUGUACCAAAGCAAGUGGCGUGAUUUGAAAGAUUUCAUCGCUCUGCAUCAGAUGCCGAAAGAGCUGAAGCAGCGAAUGCAGGACUAUUUUCAGACGAUGUGGUCGUUAAAUCAUGGGAUCGAUGUGUACGAGAUCCUAAAGGAGUUCCCCGAGGAGUUGAGAGGGGACAUCUCGAUGCAUCUACACAGAGAGAUUUUGCAGCUGCCUAUUUUUGAGUCGGCGUCGCAGGGCUGUCUCAAACUUUUAUCUUUACAUAUCAAAGCAAACUUUUGUGCUCCUGGUGAGUACCUUAUUCAUAAGGGUGAUGCGUUGAGCUAUAUCUAUUACAUAUGCAAUGGUUCCAUGGAGGUUAUGCAGAACAAUAUGGUCGUUGCCAUUCUUGGAAAAGGUGAUUUAGUCGGUUGUGAUAUAAGUAUACAUUUAACACAUGGAAGCCAGGGAAGUUCCGGCAAUCAAGGCUCUCAAGAUGCUAUAGUGAAAAGUAGUGGCGAUGUGAAAGCUCUUACCUAUUGUGAUUUGAAAAGCAUUCAUUUGAGUGGGUUAGUCGAUGUACUGCGUCUUUAUCCGGAGUAUCAGCAGGAGUUUGCCAACGAUAUACAGCAUGAUCUCACGUACAAUUUGCGAGAGGGCUAUGAGGCAGAGGAGGAAACGGAAAAUAACGGACCGUGCCUUGCACUACCGUCCAUUAGCGAGGAUGAUGAAAACCAGUCUGAUGUGGACUCCAGUACGACGUCUCCUUUGCACACGUCCCUUGCCAAAUCACCUGCACACAACACCACCGCCAGUCCAAGGCAUGCCAAGCUGAUACACAGUCGUAACAAAUCCUUGGUAGCUUUACGGGAGCGUGUAGAACGCCAACGAUCGGUGCAGGCCACCACCGUAAGUGCUGUUCCCGAAGACAACAACUCUUUCGAGGGUUUAAAUUUGGAGCUCAGAAGUAAAGAAAAGACUCAUCCAGCCCGAGUAUCGGUUGAGCGGUUAGACACCCAGGUAACGACGCUUCAUAACGAUGUGGCUGCUUUGAGCAUAGAGGUACGAAAUGCUAUUCAGGCACUGCAAGAAAUGACGUACUCCACCAUCAAUUCGCAAUUCGAUUUAGGACAUUUUCCACCAGCCCGUUCAAUACCGAAUCUACAGAAUGGAGCCAUGGGUAUUAUGAGAGACCCAGAACCGACCAUGGCUCGAAGUUCGUCGCAUCCGCCUGAGAUGUGGUGUCGUGAGAUGAACGCAUUUGGUGAAGCAUUACCCAGUCCAAAUGGAACCGAAACUUAUUCCGAGCAUAUGUAUCGUAGGAAAUCGAUCAUGUCACAAAAGUAUUCAGAAGAGCUGUCGUGCUCAACACAGACUGAAAAUGUGAUUGAUUUCGAAACACUCGAAAAGGUGGUUUUAGCCCAUCCACAUCUGGUACUGAAGAUUUUAGGCAUUGAAGCUGUUUUUAAUAAUGAAGAAGUUAAGCUAUAUCCAUUGAAUACUAUAUCGGAGGCGGCCAGUUCUGGCGAGACAAUCUCAUCAAAGGUGCAAGAAAUAUCUAAUAAUGAUAAUAAUUAUAAAUCAAACACCAAUGGAUCGAUUCAAGGAACCGAUCACCGAAUAAUUUACCCACCAAUUGUGUGUAGUUCUAAUGAAUUUCACACUAACAAUAACACUAGCAUUAACAAUAACAACAUAUCUUCCCUGACACCACUAAAGCAUGACACUGUGCCACUUUUGAUGGAUGAUGUGAACAGAAUGGCGAGAGUCUUAGGAGAUAAUAGUUGCUCUAUAGUAAUUGAUGAAAAUAUCAAAAUGUUGAAGCAAUCUGCAGGCAAUCAUGUUCUUCGACGGCAAGAGCGAGUGCCGGCGAAAAAUCGUUUCUCAGCUGGAGAUGCCGAUAAGCUCGAGAAAGGCUUGAAGAAUCUGCCAUCGUCGCGUUCAUUGGGUGGUAGCUGAGAAAGAUUUAGUCAAUAAUCCAACUAGCUUAUAGGAUACCUUACAAAAUAGUUGAUGUUUGAUGAAAUUUAAAUUUUCUGAAGUAGAGGACUAUUUAGAAAGAAUUCUAAUUCUGAACAAUAAAGUAGAGUAUUUGUGUAUUUUUGCAAA